AUGUUAUCAUCAGUUAUCAAACGGAAUGCUGGGAUUUCAAGGCUCUCUAUGGUGAAGAGUACACGAGUUCUUCUUAUAAAUAAGCAUGAGAACGUUGCGAAGAGGAAUUUCAAUUCGUAUAUCUCAUUACUGUUGAAAGAAGACCAAGGAUCAAAGGAGCCUGCUACUAAUAAAAAAGCGAAUACGGGACAAAAAUCUAUAUUAACUGAUGAUAUUCUUGCUAAAGCUGGUUUAGAUAUUGAUGAAUUAAAUGCCAAAAAACAAGCGAAGUCUGAAGAAGAACAGGAAGGACGAGAAGGUCAUGAAACAGAUGCACAACAAGAAGGUGCACCAAAACGAGAAAGGAGAAAGAGAGCAAGAAAGAGUUCCACUGAUCUCAAGAGAGAAAAAUAUGCCAAUUGGUUUUAUAUCUUUUCAUUUGGUGCAUUAGCAGGUACAGGAUUAUACAUGACAAGAGAUUGGGAGGAUAGUGAAUCUGAAGAUGUUAAAAAAGAUAUUGCAAAUGGAUAUACACCUGGGUUAAUGUUCCAAAGAUUUAGAGCCCGUUUCAACUCUAUGUUUACCUAUUUCCAAGAACCUCCAUUCCCGGAUUUAUUACCUCCUCCACCACCAGCUCCAUAUCAAAGACCAUUAACUUUAGUUCUUACUUUAGAAGAUUUACUGGUUCAUUCUGAAUGGUCCCAGAAAUAUGGUUGGAGAACCGCUAAGAGACCAGGUGUCGAUUAUUUCCUUGGUUAUUUAUCUCAAUAUUAUGAAAUUGUUUUAUUCUCCUCCAAUUAUAUGAUGUAUGGUGAAAAGAUUGCUGAAAAGUUAGAUCCUUUGCAUGCAUUUAUAUCUUACAGUUUGUUUAAAGAACAUUGUGUCUAUAAGGAUGGUGUCCAUAUUAAAGAUUUAUCCAAGUUGAAUAGAGAUGUCAAUAAAGUUUUGAUUAUCGAUACUGAUCCAAAUAAUUAUAAAUUACAACCAGAAAAUGCUAUUCCAAUGGAACCCUGGAAGGGUGAAGCGGAUGAUAAACUUUUGAGAUUGAUACCAUUUUUGGAAUAUUUGGCUACUCAACAAGUUGAUGACGUUAAACCAAUUUUAAAUAGUUUCAAAGAUAAGAAGCAAUUACCUGAAGAAUUUAAUAAUCGUGUUGCUAAAUUGAAGGAGAAAUUUAUCAAAGAACAAAAGGAAAAGAGAGAUGGUAAUUGGUUCUUAAAGGCUCUUGGUGUUCCAACAAAUUUGGGCUCACAAACAUCCAAAUUCCCAUUAGAUAUGAUUCGUGAAGAGGGUGAAAAGAAUUAUGUUCGCUUCAUGAAGUUGAUUGAUGAGGAAAGGAAAAAAUGA